GUCUUGAACAAUCUGAGGUCUAUACAGCUUUUGAAGGUAUUGACACUUGUUAUAUCAAAUCCAGAUGUUCAGGAAAUAUUGAUGAAAAAAAAAUUGACAAAUGUUGUCAAUGUUGAUGAUUGCAUCCUGGUGAAUCCAGUGAUCACUGAGAGUGGGAAUCAGAAAGCUAACAAGAUUAUUUACAGGGGGCAAACAAUCAGAGGUGUCAUGGCUCCUAAAUAUACCAGAAGGAAUGACUUGGUUAUUGCAUACCACUUCAACGAUUCAGUGUCAUAUGCAGAAGUUCAGUACUUCAUCCAUAUCGAUGGGAGAACAUAUGCAUCUACUGUUGAAUAUUAAAAAUAUUGAGACUUUCCCAUGUGAGCACA